AUGUUCCGCUCUGUCUGUACCGUGUCCAGGUUCUGCAGCAACUCGAGCGGUCUUGUUCCUCGAUGCCUUGUUGUUCGUAACAAUUCUGCCCAGAAUACUGCAACGCUGAGAUAUGUCUCAUCUUCUAAUUUGCGCUGUUUUUCUUCCAACACAUCAACCCCCGCACCAUCUGACACUUCACAAAAUAAGAUAACCUCGGCGGUGAAGAAUUUUUCGUUCUCUAGCAUCUUUCAACUUUGGAAGAAUGGACUUAUUCAACAAGAGAAAGAAGAAUCUAGUGUGAAUGAAGUGAACAACACAACUCCUUCGGUUACUCAUCAAGAGAAAGAAGAAUCUAGUGUGGAAGAAGCAAAAAAGACAACUCCUUCUGCUAUUGAUUUAGCUCUUAACUCAGUUGUUAAGGUCUUCACUGUCUCUAGCAAGCCUAGACUUUUUCAACCUUGGCAGAUUAGUAUGCAGAAUGAAUGCUCUGGCUCUGGAUUUUUAAUCUCGGGAAAGAAGAUUAUUACAAAUGCGCAUGUGGUGGCUAAUCACACAUCAGUUAAAGUAAAAAAGCACGGUUCAGCCACCAAGUACAAAGCAAAAGUUCGGAUGAUUGGGCAUGAAUGUGAUUUAGCCAUCUUGGAGGUCGAUAGCGAUGAGUUUUGGGAUGGAAUGAACUUCUUGGAGCUUGGAGACGUACCCAAGCUGCAAGAAGAGGUGCACCUUGUUGGCUAUCCUUGUGGUGGUGACAGUAUAUCCGUUACAAAAGGUGUGGUGUCGAGAGUUGAACUAAAAGAAUAUAGUCACAGCUCAACAGAGCUACUCACAAUACAAAUAGAUGCAGCAAUCAAUUCUGGAAAUAGUGGUGGUCCUGUAUUUUUGGGAAACAAAGUGGCUGGUGUUGCGUUUGAAGGUUUGUUCUGGUCCGAUGGUAUUGGCUACAUGAUUCCAACUCCAGUAGUAAAACACUUUUUAGCUGGUGUUGAAGAAAAACAUGUUAGUUUCGGCUCUAUGAAUUUAUCAUAUCAGACGAUGGUGAAUGCCCAACUUCGUGACUAUUUUAAGAUGAGCAAAGAUAUGACAGGGAUUCUUGUAAACGAAAUAAACCCGCUGUCCGAUGCUUACAACUUUCUAAAAAAGGAUGAUGUCAUUCUCGCCAUUGAUGGUGUUUCUAUAGGAAAUGAUAGUAAAGUUCCGUUUCUUAACCAGGACACAGUAACUUUCAAGCAUUUGGUCUCUAUGAAGAAGCCAUCUGAAACAGCUUUAAUCAAAGUCUUAAGAGAGGGAAAAGAGUAUGAGUUCAAUGUCGGACUAAAACCUGUCAAACCACUAGUUCCAUUGCAUAAUUUUGACAAGCUGCGAAGUUACUAUAUAUACGGGGGUUUUCUUUUUGUACCUCUAUCUCAACCAUACAUUGACAGCUCUUAUUAUUUGUGCGAUUGUCCUUCCAAAAAGAUGCCCAAGACAGCCAGUGAACAGAUAGUAAUCAUUUCUCAGAUCUUAGAGGAUGACAUCAAUGCAGGAUACGCCAGUUUUGAAGAUUUGCAGGUGAAGAAAGUGAAUGGAAUUGAAGUGGAUAAUCUGAAGCAUCUAUGUCAAGUCAUAGAGGAGUGUUGCACAGGGUUUUUGAGGCUGGAUUUGGAAAACGAAAAGGUUCUCAUCCUAAAUAAUAAGUGGGCAAGAAAAGCCACUUCUACAAUCUUGAAAGACCUCAAAAUACCGUCGGCCAUGUCUGAUGACCUUCAACCUAGGCAGCUUAACAGGGGCCGCUUAGUUCCUCGGCAUAGCAAGAAAAAUAAUUAA